AUGUCAGGUAUAUUUACGGACAAUGAGAUGAAUGAGCAAUACCAGGAGGACGAUGACUUUAACCAACAAGAAGAGCUAGUAAGUGACCAAGAUAUGAUGGAUGAACAAAAUGAAUUCGAACGAGAUUUCGGAGAUGAAUUUACUGAGGGAGCGUAUUUUUCUGAAUCUGAUCAAUCAGAAGAUAUCCUUGAAGCUGCUUAUGCGGUUGACUCCGUGCAAGACAUUACAACUUUGAAAUUUAGUGAAAAUUUUGCGGAGGAAAUUGGCAAAUAUCACUUUUCUACUUUGCAGCUUGCAUUUGAUUUUUAUCUGAAGUACUCAAAGUCGAAGGGUUUUAGUGCAAGGAAGAGCAAGACCUUCAAGAAUAGUAUUGGCGAGAUUUACAAACAAAAGUUUUUAUGUCAUAGGCAAGGAUUCAGGGAGGAGAAAUAUUACACGAUGGAAAAAAGGAAGAAUGAGCCUAGAUUAGAAACAAGAACUGGAUGUGAAGCCCGAAUGGAUGUUAAAUUUGUACCAGAAACUGGAAGGUGGCAUAUCUUUUAUUUCUUUGACGAACACAACCAUGAUCUAUUAGAUACACAAUUCAGUGCUAUGUUUCCUGUCCACAGAAAAAUGUCAGAGGCAGAUAUUAUGCAAAUGAUGAACAUGCUAAAGUCAGGGAUUAGCACUUCACAGAUAUUUGGUCUUCUAGCUAGUCAAGCAGGCGGGUAUGAAUUUGUUGGCUAUGGUCCCAGAGAUAUGUACGAUGAGAUUGCUCGGCAAAGGCGUCAAAUUCCUGGUGAUGCAGCAUGA